AUGGUGGAGCAGCAGCCACGUGCACAGACGGACCCCACCCCUCUGGUGCCCUUCGGACAGCAGGUGGCCCCUCAAGCCAUUUUUGCGUCGCCUCAAGAAGACUUUAUAUAUUCUGCUGGAAAAAAUGCUCAGCAUACUAAACAGCCCAGCCACGUCACGGUGGGGGUCCAGACAGACUACAGGGAGAGUGAAACGCAGACGGACCCGUACAGCCCUGAGUACGUGGUGCAACCCGGGACAACUCCCUCAGAACUCCUGCAACUGGCAGCUUUGACUUGGGGUCGCGGUCUGCCUGCAGGCCUGGCAGAAGUGGAAAUGAUCGAGCGGGCACGAGCCAAACGAGCUUGGGAGGCCACCCUUCCCCCAUUGGCCGACCUGAGUCAGCUGGACAAAAGGAGGCGUAUGAUGGAGCAGAUGGAGGUCAACGAGUGGGCUUUCAGAGACGGAGAAAUACAGAAGCUGCAAGAGGCUCGUCUCAAUGUGCUGAAGGACCUCCUGAGGCAAAGAGACGAGGCCCAGAAAGAUGUCACAAGCGAGAGACUCAUGCAGAUAUAUUCUAAACUCCAACAAGACAAAGAAACCAAGCUACACAAGAUCAACCAUGACCACGUGAGGGCACUGAGAAAACUGGAUGUGAAGGGGAGACAUGUGGCGGGGAAGCUAGAGCGCCUCAGCAUUGUCAAAAACUAUCCCGAUAUUCAGACAUGCGCCCCUCGGAGCCGGAGGGACGCAUUCUCCAACAGGAACGCCUGCAACGAUGAGUCAGAAAGCCGAUACCUGAACACAUACGAAGGUUUGCUGGAGAUAGAGGCGGGACUCUCUGCCUCACGCCCCGAGCCAAGGGGGAGAAGACUCUUUGAGAAUGUGAUCCGUCCACCUGCGAGCACAGCAGUGGAAGCGCUGAAUUCUUACAGGGCCCUGAUAGAGGACAAGGAGGGUGAGAAUCAGAAGGCUUUGCGGGUGCUUGUCAAGAAGGAGAAGCCGGCUGCUCGUCCGGUCACUCCCAGAGUGGAGGAGCCACCAGAGGGGGAUGAGGAGACGGAGCUCGCGGUCAUCCACCUGCAGAAACUACUGAGAGGACGAAGUGUUCAAUACAAGAUGUUUAAGGGCAAGGAGAACCACCUGGAGCUCAUUAGGGAACUAAGGACCGUCCACGCGCUGCAGGGGGCGGAGCAAGAGCUACGCGAUGAUGACAAAGAGCUCGUCGUGAGACUUCAAAAACAGAUGGACGAACACAGACACGAGACCUCUCGGGCGGAGGCUUCUCGGGCCGGAGUGAUCGGUGCCGAGCUCGAGCGGCUCUUCGACACCUUGUCCAAGGAGCUGAUUCAUCUCCAGGAGGAGCGCCGGAUCCACGCCUUCACACUGCUGGCGGAGAGAGACCGCCGCCUACGAGAGGCCGAGGAGAGCGGGAGGAGGCAGAUAGAGGAGCGCAGACGCAGAGAAGAAGACGAGAUCUUCAGACAGGUGGUUCAGGUGCACCAGGAAACUGUGGAUUUGUAUUUGGAGGACAUCGUCCUCGGGACCUUGGAGCAGGAAGCUGACAAGCAGGCCAGAGAGGACAUCCACAGGAGGGCCAAGGCGGUCAACGACAUCGCUUACGCCAUGGAGGAAAGCAGAAACAGUCUUCAGUCGGAGGAGAUUGUGUCGGAGCUGAUCUACAGUUUCCUUCUCCCGGAAGUCAAGAGGAUCAGCGUCAAGCAAAGAGUGCACCAGAGGCAGCAUAGACAUUUGCAGGCGGCUCGGAGCGUCAUUAAAGGAAGUGCUGAGCGUUCUGGGAUCCUUCCUAGUAUUCCCAGGACGCUGCAGUUGACCUGUCCCUCUGAAAGAGCCUCCGACCGCGUCCUGGAGGAGAUGAUCGGCCAGGUGGAGAAGGAGAGGGUGAAGGAAACAGAGUAG